CGGCGGCGGCGGGAGCGGCGGUGAUGGCGGACAGCGCCAGCGAGAGCGACACGGACGGCGCCGGCGGCAGCGGAGGCGGCCCGGCGGGACCGGUGACGGCGGGCGGCCCGGCGGCGGGGCCCUGCUCGGGGGUGGCGGGCGGCGGCUCGGGAGGCAAGGCGGGAGGGAUCGUGAUCUCGCCGUUCCGGCUUGAAGAGCUGACGAACCGCCUGGCCUCGCUGCAGCAGGAGAACAAGGUGCUGAAGAUCGAGCUGGAAACCUACAAGCUGAAGUGCAAGGCGCUGCAGGAAGAAAACCGCGACCUGCGCAAGGCCAGCGUCACCAUCCAAGCAAGGGCAGAGCAGGAAGAGGAAUUCAUCAGUAAUACUCUAUUUAAGAAGAUUCAAGCUCUGCAGAAAGAAAAAGAAACACUUGCAGUAAACUAUGAAAAGGAAGAGGAAUUUCUCACUAAUGAGCUCUCAAGAAAACUGAUGCAGCUGCAGCAUGAGAAAGCUGAACUGGAACAGCAUUUAGAGCAGGAACAAGAAUUUCAAGUGAACAAACUAAUGAAGAAGAUUAAAAAACUGGAAAAUGAUACAAUUUCAAAGCAGCUCACCCUGGAGCAGCUAAGACGUGAGAAGAUUGACCUUGAAAAUACUUUGGAACAAGAACAAGAGGCACUAGUGAAUCGUCUCUGGAAGAGGAUGGACAAGCUUGAAGCAGAGAAAAGAAUUUUGCAGGAGAAAUUAGACCAGCCAGUAUCUGCUCCACCAUCACCCAGAGACAUAUCAAUGGAGAUAGAUUCUCCAGAAAAUAUGAUGAGACAUAUCAGAUUUUUAAAGAAUGAAGUGGAGAGGUUAAAGAAACAACUGAGGGCUGCACAGCUACAGCAUUCAGAGAAGAUGGCACAAUAUUUAGAAGAGGAGAGGCAUAUGAGAGAAGAGAACUUGAGACUUCAAAGAAAACUACAGAGGGAAAUGGAACGUAGGGAAGCACUCUGCAGGCAACUGUCAGAAAGUGAAUCCAGCUUAGAAAUGGAUGAUGAAAGAUAUUUUAAUGAGAUGUCUGCACAAGGAUUAAGACCUCGCACUGUGUCCAGUCCUAUCCCUUAUACACCCUCACCAAGUUCUAGCAGACCUAUAUCACCUGGUCUGUCUUAUGCAAGUCACACAGUUGGUUUCACACCACCAACUUCACUGACUAGAGCUGGAAUGUCUUACUACAAUUCCCCAGGCCUUCAUGUGCAACAUAUGGGACCAUCCCAUGGUAUUACAAGGCCUUCACCACGAAGAAGUAACAGCCCCGACAAAUUUAAACGUCCCACUCCUCCUCCUUCUCCAAACACGCAGACCCCAGUGCAGCCUCCUCCGCCACCACCUCCGCCACCUGUGCAACCUCCGGGCCAACCCGCAGCAUCGCAGUCAGCCACUUUCCAACAUUCAGUGCAUCCCUCCUCUCAGCCUUAGUGCAUGUGCUCAGCAGUCUGUAUGUCAGAAGUGGACUCAUAACAUGGAGCAGUUUACUAAAAGCCAAAGGCUUACUUGGCAUAUUUGGAUUUGACAUAUUUGCACUGAGGUUAUAUAGGCUUCACUGUUAAUUGUGUUGUAAACGUUUGUAUAAAAUGCAGCCAGUGUUGUGGGUCUACAACACUAAUUUAACAAAGUUUUCCAUCAGUGUUUACUUGAACUACACCUAUGUCCAUUCUUUGGCUGGAACAUUUGCUACUCUGUUUGGUAAUACGGCAUUAUGUCGUUUUGCUUGGCUCCAAAGCUUCAUUUUCAUGGCUUUUAGGUUUGUAAAAUUAAAAGGAUACCUUUUUAUAUUUUUUCAUUACAAUUUGCAGAAAAUUGAAGGCAUGAUGUAUUAUAUGAUAAAUUCUGAAAUAUUACAGUGUUUACCAGGUUUAUGGAAAAUCAGCACUAUGUUUCAGUCAUUUGAAAUACGAGCUUCUUAGUGCAAAAGUGAGUCUCACACCCUAAGCAGUACCCAAGACAUACUUUAUUGUAUUAAGUAGUAAGUAAGCUUAAUUCAGCACAGAGGACACAUCCAUACUUCUCCUGUUUAAAAGCACCUCAAACAUAUGGUACAGUCUGAAUUUUACAGUGCAGAAACUGGCUUGUUGGAGUCUGUGGAAUGUACGAUUCGUGAACCUUAAGAUUUGAUGAUUUCACUUGACAUUUCUGUUAACCUGUCAGCUGCCCAUACUGUGUGACCUGUCACAAUUAACUUUGGUAAGUGUGGUCCUGCCCACAGGUUACUGAUAGCUGAUUAAAGUGUGCUCUUUGAUUAUUUUGCUGCAGAAGGCAAUGUGAUUGUAGAGAACAGCUGAUGAUAUUUUUUUUCUUGUUCAAAUAUAAUAAUUGUGAUUCCCCAAAACAAAGUUUGAACAGAUAUUCUAAAUGUUCAAAAGUCUGUUAGAAAAUAAGACACAAGAUGAGCAUAUAGGAAUAUAUCGGCUUAACAGCCAAAAUGUUGUAUUGCUUGGUAGAAACAGUACAAGAAAGUAGCACAAAAUGGCACUAAUGAAUGCUUAUUUAGCAGCCUAAGCCGGUACAAUGUGUAAAGAAAUGUAUUCUGAAUACAUUUUUUCCAUUCAUUUAGCACAAAUAAAUUGGUUUCACUUUGCAGUGGAACGAA